AUGCCGCCUCCCACUGCUGGCGACCCAUGGCUUACUUCACGCCGCUUUGGGGUCGUCAUUGAUGCUGGUUCAUCUGGAUCUCGACUUCAAAUAUACAGCUGGAGAGACCCUCGAACGGUUAGGCUGGAACACGGGGAUGCGGUUGCGUUCCAGCUACCGCAGGUGGAGAAGGGCGCGAAGGAUGGGGACUCUUGGGUGCGCAAGGUGGAACCUGGAAUAUCAACUUUCGGAGACCACCCUGAAGAAGUCGGUGAAUACUUGAGGCCGCUGCUCGAGCAUGCCCAGUUCCAAAUUCCGCCCUCAUUGCACGCCGAAACACCCCUUUUCCUGCUCGCGACUGCGGGGAUGCGGCUGCUUACUCAAGAGCAGCAAGUUGGCGUACUGAAGGAAACCUGCACGUUUUUGAAGUUUCAUUCUAAUUUCCGAAUCGACGAUCCUUCGGACGUUGGGCCAUGCGGGUCUAGUGUGCGCAUCAUCACGGGAGAGGAAGAGGGACUCUUCGGUUGGAUCGCGGUCAACUACCUCAUGGACGGUUUUACUGCCUCCGAUGAUAAACCAACGACAUACGGUUUCCUUGAUAUGGGCGGCGCCUCUACGCAAAUCGCUUUCGAGCCCAGUCCAGCGGAACGUGCCCAGACGAAGAACCUCAUACCGGUUAGGCUGCGCUUGCUAGGCGGAAGAGAUAUCCACCACGAAGUUUUUGUGACGACAUGGCUCGGCUACGGUACCAACCAGGCUCGUGAACGCUACGUCGCCAAAGCCAUUGACGAAUAUGAAGCAAAACGUCCCCCGGGCUCGCCUCAUGGCUCUUCUACAGAAGGGGAGCUGAUCGAGGACCCAUGCUUACCCAAGGACCUACAGCUUACUGAAACGCCUGUUCACGUUGACCCUGUUUCCGAUGCUCACGUCAAUAGACCUCAUACACUGGUCGGCACCGGCUCCUUCGAACAAUGCCUCGAAAAGGCGCUACCUUUGCUUAAUAAGGCUGCCCCAUGUCCUGACUCCCCGUGCCUCUUCAACGGUGUUCACGUCCCACCGAUAGAUUUCUCUGUCUCGCAUUUCAUUGGCGUGUCGGAAUACUGGUACUCAUCAGAGCAUGUCUUCAAUCUUGGCGGGGCCUACGACUUCGUCCAGUACGAACGCGCCGCCUCCGAGUUCUGUGCUCACGACUGGCAGGCCAUCGUGAAGGAACACGAGGCACAACGGUCUCGCGGUCAGGAUCGCAAGGCGCACGACGGACAGUCGAUCCAGAUGGGCCAGUGGGAUGAGAGCGUCAAUCUGCAGCGCCUCCAGAUGCAGUGCUUCAAGGCCGCAUGGGUGGCCAAUGUCCUCCACGAUGGCAUCGGCAUGCCUCGUAUAGUGGAUGCUGGUGGCAACGUCACCUCGGGCGGCGAUCACAAGGACGUAGAGCAGCAUGCGCAGACCAAGGGGUUGGGGAGACCGAUGUUCCAAUCCGUGGACAAAGUCGGUGACGUGGCUAUUAGUUGGACCUUGGGGAAGAUGGUGCUGGAGGCAAGCAAGGAGGUGCCGCCUAUUUCGAGCGACGUCAAGCCGCUGGUGGAUCCCUUGGAUGACCUCGCCGACUCUGAGCACUCUCCCAUACGGCCCAUUCGACCCUUCCUGGACUUCGACGCAAUUGAAGACUCGAUAUCAGAUCAUCUGCCCACCGUGCUGACUCGACAAUCACUGGGUUUCUCGUUCAUCGCCUUCUUUUUUUACGUAGUGAUGAUUAGCGUGAUGCUUGCCCUAAUCGUACGGUUGAGGCACCGGAUCCGCAGAGCCGUACGGCGCUUCCGGCGUAAACGCGAUUACUACGCUGAGGCAUACGGAAUGGAAGAAGGCCGAGGACUCAAUGGCUCGCCAUCGGUCUCGCGUCCGCCGUCUCCGUCUGUCAAGUCAUCGGCACGGGCUUUGUGGCGUCGGUUCCAUCACUUCCUUUUCCCCUCGUUGCGGAGGCCGUCCCAUCUGACGGUGGGUAUGCAGAAGCUAGGCGCUCGGCCGCCCAAUGCGUCGCCUGUCCGAAUGUCGCCGAUUAGAUCCCAUUCCAUGCCCAUGGUGCUCAAUGCCCUGGGACCUGCGGGGAUCACUCCACAGCAGCCCGUGCCGCGCCCAAUGACGCCGUCUUCCCCAAACAUGCACGGCAAGGACGCGCUCUCCUUCGCGAGCUCCCGCAACUCCUCCCAGAUUAGUCUGAGCACCUUGAUGCCGACCAGAGCCGGCGCACGAUCGAAUGGUGCGCUCACGCCCACGCGAUGA